UGGUGCACCGUGCGGCGACCAUCGUCAACCGCCACGGCCAUCGCCUGCUCCCUCCCACUUGCCAUCCAUCCCGUGCGCCUGCCUGCGCCCAUCAAUCCCUCCCAAUCUCCUGCCCUCUCUUCCCCUCCGCGCGCUCCUCUCCUCUCCCCCACCCACCAAAUGUCGGACGACGACGGCGGCGCCGGCGAGCAGCAGCAGCAGCUCAGCGACGGCCAGAAGCGGGAGAUCGCAGUCUGGUUCCUCUCCCGCGCGCCCGCCGGCGAGAUCCACUACGUCGCCAAAGAUGUGCGCGCGCUGCUGGGCGACGACGCCGUGUACGAGGCCGCGGCGGCCGAGGCCUACCCGGAGUACAACAAGGCGCAACUCGUCUCCCUCGGCCUCCCCGAUCGCAGCGGCGAUAUAAUCAUCACAUCUUAUGGGGAGCUGGACAAGAACAAUUAUCUGGACCCUAGAACCGGCCAAGUUGCUACCGUGGAUCAUAUUAAGCAGACUUGUACAAAUUUGAGACCUGCUACAGAUGAGGAGCUUCCUUCAGCAUAUACUGAGGAGUUUAGGAGUGCUAUAGAUGUUGAACUGUCCAAAUACGUUAGUGAAGCUUAUCCAAAAGGUGUGUGUGCUGUUUAUUGUACCAAAGGAAAGGAUGUAGAGGGACCAGGAGCUGAUUUUUGUUUGGCAGUAGUUAUUUCUGCUGCUAGGCGCAGUCCACAAAACUUUUGCAAUGGCAGCUGGCGUUCCAUUUGGACUCUGGAAUUCAGUGAUGAGUUUCAAUAUGUUGAUAUUAAAGGAAAGAUACAGGUAGGUGCUCAUUAUUUUGAAGAGGGAAAUGUGCAGCUGGAUACUAUCGUUGAUCGCAAAGACUCCACAGUAUUGCAGUCGCCGGAAGACACUGCACUGUCAGUAACCAACAUCAUUCGGCAUCAAGAGUCUGAGUAUUUUUCAUCUCUUGAGGAAUCAUACUUGAACUUGUCCGAUGCUACAUUCAAGGAUCUUCGGAGGAAACUCCCGGUUACCCGCACUCUUUUCCCAUGGCAGAACACCAAAGCCCUCAGCCUUACUAGGGACCUCGCCAAAGAGCUAGCACUAGGGAAAUGAAGCUUGUGGAGGUCACAUCGCUAGGUAGCUUAGCAUGGAUUUUUUUUUUUUAAAUCUCCGUGCCAAUUUGCUGUUCUUUGCUUGCAGCCGCAGGGAGAUUACAUCGAGCUCCACCAGAAGCGCCAUGGCCGGCGCAUGGACUUCGAGGAGCGCAAGCGCAAGAAGGAAGCGCGCUCCGUCAAGAAGAACUCCAAAGAUGCCCGCAAGUUGCUUGGUGCCAAGGGUAAGAGGUUCGCCAAGAAGCGGUAUGCCGAGAAGGCGCAGAUGAAGAAGACCCUGAAAAUGCAUGACGAGUCAACUUCCCGGCAGAAGGUUGAUGAUGAUGUUGAAGAAGGGGCUCUCCCUCCAUAUCUGCUGGAUCGUGAUCAGACGCAGCGGGCCAAGGUCCUCAGCAACACAAUAAAGCAAAAGAGGAAGGAAAAGGCUGGCAAAUGGGAUGUUCCUUUGCCAAAGGUCAGAGGUGUGGCUGAAGAUGAGAUGUUCAAAGUUCUACGAACUGGCAAGCGGAAAACGAAGCAGUGGAAGAGAAUGGUAACUAAGGCUACCUUUGUGGGUCCUGGUUUUACGAGGAAGCCACCGAAGUAUGAAAGGUUCAUUCGGCCCACUGGUCUGCGUUUUACCAAAGCUCAUGUUACCCACCCUGAGUUGAAAUGCACGUUCAAUCUCGACAUAAUUUCUGUGAAGAAAAAUCCAAAUGGUCAAAUGUACACUUCUCUUGGUGUUAUGACAAGGGGGACAAUCAUUGAGGUGAACGUUAGCGAACUCGGUCUUGUAACCCCUGCUGGAAAAGUUGUUUGGGGUAAAUAUGCUCAGGUUACAAACAACCCGGAGAAUGAUGGCUGCAUCAAUGCUGUGUUGCUCGUGUGAAGCUGUUAUGCAUUUCUGGUUAAGGUGUCGAGUCACCUUGUUUGUGUUGGCUCUGAUGCGAGUAAUUUUUUUUUGGCGUGCACUGUGGGAACAAUAUUUUCUGCAAUCCAUGCUUAUCUCCGGAAAACUCACUAACAGUGUAAUAGCUCAGUGCAAUACAUUUCUUCCCGUAUUUGUAAUCUGCUGUAAAACAUGAGCUCAGAGCAUGCAAAUCCUUGAAUCGAAGUUCCCCUCUUGGUUUCAUUGUUAC